AUGAACCACAGCUUGGACCCGAGCCAGGGGGGCGCCCCGAGGCUGCACCGGCCCCCCGGGGAGCGGCAGGGCCCGGGCCGGGAGCCUCGCCCGCCGCACCCCCCCCCCCGCCCCCGGGGCAGCGACAGUCGCCACCCCGCGGGUGAGCGGCCGGGCGGGGAAGGGUUAAGCCCACCGAGCUCGCGGCGGCCUAGAGCGGCGGCGGCGGCGGCGCGGGGGCCGGGGCGCGGGGCGCGCGGGUGGCGGGCGGGGGACAGGAUGCGGAUGCCGGGGGGACUUCCUGUGCCGGCCCCGCCGCCCCCGCCCCCGGCCCGGCCCGCCGCCCGCUGCCCGCUGCCCGCUGCCGGCCGGACACACGCUCGGGCGGGCGGGCGAGCCAACGGGACCCCGGCGCGGGCCGCUCCCCGCCCGCCGGCUCCGGGCACCUGUGGCCGCCGGCGGACCCCGGCCGGACCCGGGCUGCACCCCCCCCCCCCGCCGGGCCCGCGAACGGGGCCCCCCCCCCCCCCCCCCACCAGCGGACCUCGGGCCGGACCCCCGCCCCGGCCGGCCCCCAGCCCCCUCCCCGGGCCGCCGACACCAACUUCUGCUCGCGAACUCCCUUCUGCCCCUUUUUUGGCCCAGGGCAACCUCGACAGCCCUGACAGCGACAGGCCCGCCGCAGUGCCCAGAAAGGCCCCCGGUGGCCCAGCGCCUCCCCGGCUCUUUCUGGAUGGAGGCGCCUCAGGAAGGAGCCAGCGGCCUGCACUCUCCCGCCGCUGCUGA